AUGGCGGGGCAGCUUCUGGAGUUUGAGACCGAGAUGUUUCUGAGUCUCUUCGGCUGUGACGGUCUGCUGGUGGUGGCCGAGGGUUUGGGGAUAGACCGCAUCCUGCUGCAGUUCAUGCGGGUUUACUCUGAGAAGGACAGCCUCGUCCUUCUGCUCAACACAUCCACAGCAGAACAGGAGUAUUUCACAGAGCAGCUGAGGGUCGAAGGUGUCAGCCACCUGCCCAGGACAGUGACCAGUGACGUUCAGAGUGCUGAACGGUACCGUGUUUACACCGAGGGAGGGGUUCUGUUUGUCACCAGCAGAAUCCUGGUGGUGGACUUCCUCACUGACCGCAUCCCUGCUCAUCUGAUCUCAGGUAUCCUGGUGUAUCGAGCUCAUAAAAUCAUUGAGUCGUGCCAGGAGGCUUUCAUCCUUCGUCUGUUCAGACAGAAAAAUAAAACUGGUUUCAUUAAGGCCUUCACUGAUAAGGCCACAGCCUUCUCCUCCGGCUUCUGCCAGGUUGAACGUGUCAUGAGGAACCUUUUUGUCAAGAAGCUCUACUUGUGGCCCAGGUUCCAAGCAUCGGUGAACACAACCCUGGAAAAACACAAGCCAGAAGUGGUAGAACUGCAUGUGUCAUUAACACCAGCCAUGAGGGCAAUCCAGAGCUCCAUUCUGGACCUGAUGAGCGCCUGUCUGAAGGAACUGAAGCGAUACAACUCCACUCUCGAGGCCGAGGACCUGUCUCUGGAGAACACACUGGGAAAUGGAUUUGAAAAGACUAUUCGUCACUACCUGAACCCCCUGUGGCAUCAGCUGGGAGCAAAGACUAAAGCCCUGGUUCAGGAUCUCAAGGUGCUCCGGGUUCUUCUACUCUACCUCACCCAGUACGACUGUGUGACCUUUCUCAACCUUCUCGAGUCUCUGCUAUCCAGCCAAAAGAAUUUUGGCUCAAAUUCAGGUUGGCUGUUUCUGGACUCGAGUACCUCCAUGUUUGUGAACGCUCGGAGCAGAGUGUACCGCAUUCCUGAGAGCAACAAGAAACUUAAAGUAGGAGGAGAUGCAGAGAAACAGAAGUCUUCCACGGCUUCAGAGGUGAAGCGGGAGCUGGUGCUGGAGAAGAACCCAAAGUGGGAGGCUUUGAGAGAGGUGCUGGAGGAGAUUGAGAAGGAGAACAAGAACUCACAACCAGGUCGUGUGCUGAUUUGUGCAAGUGAUGACCGGACUUGUGCCCAGCUGCAGCAGUACAUCAGGCACGGCUCUGACUGGCUGCUACAUCGACUGUAUGCCCGCACCAUCGGUAAACGUGACUCUUCUGCAGCUGCUGCCUUUGAGCUGGACUCACACAAAAAAGCUAAAAGCCGGGUGAAAAAAUCAAGCAAAGGAAAAGAGCCUGCAAAGAAAACCCCCUCAAAGACCACAAAACAUAAAAGCAGACCCUCUCUGACCCUGACCCAGAUGAUGGGGAAGGCGGAGUCAGCUGAGGUGAGGGGCAGCAGUGGAGACGAGGACGAUCGGAUGGAGCAGGAUGAAGGCGAGGAAGAACAGCUAAAGUUGGAUCUGUCGUCAGACGCUUAUUAUGGCAUCCUGAAGGAGCCACUCACUGUCAUUCACCCCCUGCAAGGCUGCACCGACCCCCACAGCUUGACCCGGGUGCUGCACGAGGUGGAGCCAAGCUUCGUGGUGCUGUACGACGCAGAACUGAGCUUCGUUCGCCAGCUGGAGAUCUACAAAGCCAAUCGGCCUGGGAAGCCACUUCGAGUGUACUUCCUUAUUUAUGGAGGCUCGACAGAAGAACAGAAGUAUCUGACGACGCUGUCGAAGGAAAAGAAGGCGUUCGAACACCUCAUCAGGUCAGAAGGAGCUUUUUUAUUGUCAUACUCCAAUCACUAA